UCUCAUUUACAUUGGUAAAUUGGUUGCUUAUUAGGUUCAGCCCAUUUGUAUAGGAUAGGAAGAAGUUAUUUAUUAAACAGAAAAAUGGGAGCAUCAUUCGUACCAAUACUAAUUUUUACGUUAUUUUGGGGAAUAAUAGGAAUUGUCCUACCUUUUUUCGUUCCAAAAGGUACCAAUCGAGGGAUUCUUCAGGUUAUGCUUAUGUUGACAGCUUUUACAUGUUGGUUGUUUUGGUUAUGUUGUUAUAUGGCCCAGAUGAAUCCUUUAAUUGGGCCAAAGCUACCCAAGAAUACAAUUCUUAUGAUGGCACGUGAAUGGAGCAAUGUUCAGUUUGAUUGAACGAUAGAGCAAUUAUAGAUAUAAAACAUUUGUUAUGGAUGUAUCAAACUAUCUUCAAAAAUUCUAUAACUAGCAAAAUUUUAUUACAACGAUGGAAGUGAAAUAUUUAGUUAUUUAUGUACAUUGGAAAUAUUAAAAAAAUAUGUAUCAAAUAUCAGUAUUCUGAUGAAGUAAAAUAAAAUAUAUAUGUCAUAAUAAUUAUAAAUUUUCAUGUAACAUAUAACAUUGCUGUAUUAAAAUAUCAUUGUAUAUAAAGGGCAUGUAUAUUAUGUGUCAGUGAUAAUAAUGAUAAUAACAACAACAACAGCAACAAUAAAAGAAAUUUAUGUUCAAA